ACAGGUCUUACUUCUACUCCCCGUCACAACAUCCGACUGCUCUUCGUACCUACCAAGUGGUCCUCGCAAUCCAAUCGAUAUCGCUUCAACUGCUUACCCCUUACCCCCACCUGUCGACAUGGCCGACGACGCCGCCGGCCAGCAAAAGACACACGCCUCGGCCUUCCCGGACCCGCCUCCGUUCUGGAAAGAUUUCACCCCCGACAAUGUAGCCGGCUUGCAGCAGAUACGGUGCGAGAGAGCCGCCAAGGACAACAUCCCCGAAAGGGAAUUGCCUGCCAGGUUACCACACGUUCCCGAGCAUCUCAUCAACCUCCAACCGCCCGCUGAACCUCCCUCACGAACAUGGAGAGUCUUUGGAGGGCAGUACAGCUUGGACGACAAGCUUCCCUCUCUCGAAGAAGUGAACAUCCAGCGCCUCGCUGCCACACACAAUGGGGAAAAGGACGGAAAGCAUCUCGACCGUGCAUUCGAACUGAAGCGCAUGGCCAAAUCGCUAUUGCUCAACUUUCUAGAGCUCCUCGGCAUCAUGAGCAUUGAUCCCGAAGACGCCAUCUCCAAGGUAAACGACCUCCGAAUUAUCCUCAUGAACUUCCACCACGUCCUCAACGAAUACCGCCCUCACCAAGCCCGCGAAUCCGCCAUCGCCCUCAUGCAGUCCCACCUCGACCGGACGAGAAACGAAACAGCCGCCAUCCGGGCCCAGGUUGACAAGGCGAAGAGGGUGCUGGAGGGCCUGGGGAGCCUCGAAUUACCCGCCAUCCCCGACCUAAGGGACUACGCCGCCAAGGAAGCCGCGGCUCGGAAGGAGGAGCAUCUCGUCCACGAGGCCGACGUCUGGGCCGCCGUUGAUGGCGCAUUGUUGUCUUAGGAAGACGACGCCCCGGGCUGUCUACGGAUGAGAAGGAACACGGAUGUUUGGCUUGAACGUCUGUUUGCCGCGGUUGAAGCUUGGUUGGAAGAUCAGUUGUGGUGACCUACGUGAGGGCUGUGUCGU